AACAAAUAUGGCGGCUAAUGUCAAAAUUAGUCACGUUAAACGAUUUAUUUAUUUACGAUGUGCGUGAAAGAAUUAAUAUUUCUUCUAAAAGAGACACCAAAAGAUUAACGCCUAUAUUUUAUAUACAGGAUUUUCCAAGACUUGGAAAACGGCGCGAAAUUUGAAAGAAGAAUAUACGAGAUCCCGAUGACGGUUUAACAAUUCUGGGACACUCGAGAAAUCUUGACCGUUUAUAACCAUCGUAAAGUCAAGGAAAGUCUUCAAAGUAUGAUAAAAUUUUGAAGAAAUGGCGGACGAUCCAAAUCGAGAUAUUUUGCCUGUAAAGGAGGGAUCUUGCAUCGAGACAUAUCGUAGCCUUAUAGAUCCCAGGGAACGUCGUUUGGUGAGCAAGCUCGAUCGUUGUCAGUUGGAGGACAAGUAUUUGCGAUUAUUCGAGGAAGCAAGUAAAUUGAAAAAAUUAUCCAACUAUCAGGAAGACAAGAUCAAGCGACUGGCUACAAAACUGAUGAGAGUAGCUGCUAACCCAAGGGCGUGCGUUUCUUUGGAUUGCAACGAUAAAAACAAAAUAACGGCCCUCGAGGUCGAGAAUUCCAAGUUAAAAAAUAAAUUAUCCGUACUGAGGAAUCAACUGUUGAGUCAUACAAUGAGCGGUGUGUCACCAACGAGAAGUCGUCGGCCCCACACAAGACCAUCCUCGGGACUCAUAACUUGUCGCAGUGAGAACAGUCGUAUAAGGGCCCCGUCCUGCCAAUGCAUCGUUCAGACACAUCAAAUACGAAAUGACGACAACGACGUACAAAAUUAUCUUGUUAAAAUCGAGGAAUUAGAAACGCAAAAAAAAGAAAUGUCGUCUCAUAUAACAGAAUUAAAGAAGGAACUAGAGUCUUAUAUGGUAAAUAAUCAGAGGGAGAAAGUAGUUGAGAACAUCGAGUAUAUAAAGGUUUGGCGACAAAUGAAACAGUUGAGCGACAAAUUGAUAGCUGCUCAGAAUACAAACGAGUCGUUGAACCUACAAAUCAACGAUCUCAAAAAAAUCCUCGAGGAGACAACAAAAAAUAAUCAGGAAAUAACAGUUUGUCUAAUGGCAGAAAAGAAACGAAUAGCCGGUAUCGAUGGACAGAUGAUAAAAGCAAAAGAUUCUCAAUUAACGUUACGCGAAAAAGAUGAACAAAUAAGAGAUUUAAUGAAUGAGAUGAAAAUUUUGCAACAACAUAAUAAUGAGUUAAUCGCUUUGAGUUCCAAAUAUGGCCAAGUCGAAUUAGAGAAUGUUGAAUUGAAAAAGAAGUUUACGCAACAAUUUACCGAUCAGCAAAGCUUCAAAGUAGCAUUUAGUACUGAACAAGCUAAUAUUGCUGCUCUACAAACUGCUAAUGAACAAUUGUUAACGAAACUUCAGUAUCUGCAGAAAAAUAUGGACACUCUAACGGUUCAAUUAGCGAUCAUUCAAGAUGAUAAUAAAAAGCAUGAAUCAAGUACUAAAACGGAAUCGUCUAAUGAUUCUGCUAAAGCUAAAAAUACUUCCAAAGAUAUGAAAUCGGCAAUUGAAAGAUGUAAAAAAUGUUGUGAGACGUUCGACAAGAUUCUAUACCUCGAAAAAGGUGUGAAUACGAUACGGCAAGAUAGUAAGCUUUUGAGCAAGUGCGUACAAACGGACUGCGUACCUUGUUCAAUUUCUAUUAACACAAAAGAAGCAGGUACUUCAAUGAUGACUUCUUCGGAUCAGCCAUCAUCGACACAAGAACAUAUGAUUAUAAAACAUCAGGAGGUUGAUCAAAUGAUACAAGAAAAGAAUCCUUUGUCGCGCGAAAAGAUGUUGAAAUUAUUGGAUCAAGCGCAGAUCAGUACGCCAUUGAAAGCAGGAAGAAUUGGACAAUCGGAUAUUCCUUCUGUGGUCGAUUGCGAAGCCAUGCAAGACUUUAGCCAAAGACACAGAGACGCAGAUGUGGCAGAUCAUGUUCAAACAAGAGAUUUAAAGAAUUUACUCGCAACGCUCGUCGAUGUUCUUCGUAAAGAAUAUUCUUCAUCAAAGAAUUUUUUAAUCCCCGUUCAAGAACAAACUAGCUUGUAUCGAAAUCCACUUUUAUACAAUGAAAAGCGAUUAAUAAAAGACGUGCAGACGGAUAUUAACAAUAACGAUGAAACGAAUCGACAGGUUGAUAUAGGAAUACAAUUAAGCAAACAUCUGAUCUUUAAAAACUCACAAUACGAAGACAGCCAUGAUCUAUCUUCGGAAAAUAUGAAAAAUUGUAACAUGAAAAAGCGUUGUUUCAUUAAUCAAGAUAAAUCGCAAAAUUGUAAUUAUUCGGAAGAAAGAAACUUUAAAACAAACGUUACGAGAACUCAAAAUCAAGUGACGAGAUCUACAGAGACCGGCGAAUGUAAUUGCACCAAUUUGAAAAAGUGUCACGCAGAAUCAGAUUGUGGUUAUUUUUGUUGUACCAAUUAUUCGAAGCAAUCUUAUGGAAAAUAUAGAGAUAAUGUAAGAAAUCAGGAUCUAAAAGGUUCGUCUUCGUUGCCGAUAAAAAGAAGUGAUAAUAAAUGUGCAAAAGAAAUCGCCGACACAGCUUAUACGGAACGUUAUAUAAAUGACGCCAUAAAUUCUUUCGAAUCCUGGAAGAUGAAUGUAUCAACGCAGAAGAACGAAGCUUUUGUUACCGAACAUUUGGAUAGAUGUAAAGAGCUUUUGGAUGAGUGUUGCUUGAAAAAUACGAAGAAAGUUCGUGUGAAUAACAUGGGCCAUUUACGAGGCAUGGGAGCAAUGAAAUCACCUCGUAUAUGCAACAUGCCAUGCCGAACGGAAGAUCAGAUAAAACCCUUAGAAGAAAACGAAAAAGAGUUACGCUGCAAUCCUAAGUGUCCAACCGAAUGUGUAGAUCUACCACCAUAUCCAACGAGUUCAACGCCUUUAUUGAUUACAAACGGUCAAGGUCUUGUGGAAAUUCAUGUUCUCUCUCUGCAGCUUGCUACAUCUGCAGCGGCAGUUCUUUUUCAAGAGGAGAAUCUUUCCAACGUGUCCUUAUUCGUCAGUUGGAAUAUCUGGGGUCAAGAGACAGUUUGUACGCCAACGUUAAAAUAUCCAAAGUUAAACUUCAAUUCUUCCUUCGUUUAUCAUAUACCGGAUCUAUUUACGUUCUUCAAUUGCGCUCUGUCGGAAUAUGUCAUCUUUCAGGCGAACGUCGUUGAACAGAAUACAACGACUUACGCUGUGGCUAAAGCAAAAUUGUCUAUCAAGGAUAUACUUGAUUAUCCUCAAAAUAAGUUACAUUAUAUCGCGCCUAUGAGUAGCGUUAUAUCUUGUACACUCGGCAUGAACUUUGGACAAUUAUCCUUGUGGGUGAGAUUGAGCUGUGAUGUCGAGCAGGUCGAUGCAUUCAAAAGGCAGUGCGGCUUGCUUCCAUCACUGCAACAGAUUCAGAAAGCGAUUUUUCAAGAGGAUCUUUCUACAUUGAAGGAAACAAAUGAAGAAUAUCAAAAAAUCUUUAAUGACACUGCACAAGUGAUGUCAGAUAUUAACGAAAAAAAGAAAUGUAAGGAAGAAAUUGAAAAUCCAACCAUUAAUUCGAGCAAUGUUAAAUCUGCUACCUAUGUCAAAAAUGGAUCAUUUAACAGUGAAAUGAUAUUACUGUCGAAACAAUCUAAGAAAAUUGCAAGAUGGGCAACUAAAGAAGAAGAGAAUAAUAAUGUGACUCAGACAGACAAAGUGAACAUCGAUGAUUUUAAUUCUUUUAUUUCCCAUCCAUUGGAAAAGGAUACAAUCGUAAUUCAGAUCAAUAAAAUAAUUCUAUUUGAAAAUAGUUCAGUCAUGCUCGACAAUGAGGUUCAUUUGCUUUAUUUGGAGUAUUCUUUUCUCGGUUAUCGUGGUGCUGAUAUGGAAACAGAAUCAAUAAUGAAACCAAAGACAGCCAAAGAGCCAUUGAUUUAUAAUUUUAAAAAAAUAUUUCCGAUAGAUGAGGAAUAUCACUCGAUCGAAAGGAACACAUUGCGAGCUAUGUUAAAUGAAUCUAUCAAUCCAAACAUUAAAUUUAUUUUAGUGAGCGAACCACUUCCUGAAGAAACAGAUAUUAAAGAUUGUGUGGAAAUCGGGUAUGCAAAUUUUAACAUAAGAGAAUAUGCUUUGGGUGACAAUGAUCAAAGCGUAACGCUACCAAUUAUAGACCAAACGCAAACUGAAAAAAUAGGUUCAUUAACGAUAAAUGUGCAGGGUCACAACGUCAUGCGUGAAUGUCUGGAUAGUAAUAUACAAAAGUAACAAAGUUUCAAGAAGAUAUAGAAAAUGGUCUUAUUCUUUUUUCCAAUAAACAAUUUAUUACAAAUCUUUACAAUAUAUUUUCUGAUAUAAUAGUAUAUACCAAUAAUUGUAUUUUUACGAAUAGUUCUUUUACGAAUAGUUUUUAUUUUUCGGAUUAACGUUAUUUGACGUUGUAUUAGUAUUGUUUCCUAUUAUAUUCUGAAGAAUAGCCUUCUUUUUUUUCUUUAUCUCUGACAGAAGUUUGGUUCUUCGGAAUAUAUCAUUAAAUAUUCCAAUAGCCAUUUGAAAAUUUCGACAGUCUCUUGGCUCAUGCGCGACCGACCAAACACCCUGAAUCGUAUCAAUUCCUUGACAUACUUUGCAAGAACCUGUGAUUAACUAAUUGUUAAUAAAUGAAUUUUAAGAAGUCAUUUAUUAGGUGGAAUUUUCUAUACGAUUACUUGCCGACGAAAAUUGCUAAAGUUUUAGUACGAUUGUCAUAAGCGAGUAAGGAAAAUGGUCCACCACGUCUAAAUGGCGCAUGUCCUGUUACAUUCCACGUUGUGUUCAGAAGUCCUUCAUGUAUAGGUUGAGAUAUGAGAUUUGCCAAGGUGCGAUUUACCUGAGUAAACUUGACUGCAUUCCUCCGAGAGGUUGACAAAUCGUAUCAUCGGUUUCGUGGCCAUUGAUUCAAAACUGAAAAACGACGGCGUUUUGUCGUUUCCUAUAUCGUUUCCAUAUGACAGAACGUCACGAUCUAUACGAUAAGAAGGUUAACGUUAUGCUUUUAUUUUAUAGCUCCUAUUAAAAAUGGUGUCUGAUAUCAAACAAAUUAGAAUUUGUUAACGCAGACGAAGGCCAUUUCGGCGAGUAAACAUUCUUUCGAGGGAAACUGCUCGAAUGUCAGGAAUCACAGGAGUGGAAGAAGAAGAAGAAGAAGAAGAAGAAGAGAAAGAAGAAGAAGAGGAAGAAGAAGAAGAAGAAGAAGAAGAAGAAGAAGAAGAAGAAAAAGAAGAAGUGAGGAUAGGACGCUUAAUUUCGUCGCACAAACCGUACAUGUGUACUUAUAUAUACGGCUCGCUCGUAGAGUCUACCGACCGAUCCACUAUGUACGAUCAAAGGCGACUUGGGCCAAUGCCAAGUACACGCGUCGGCCUCAAUUAGUCGAAUAUUACGUAUAAAUGUCAUACACCGAGCUAUCGUACUUACAAUUAGCCGUAUAGUCAACGGGUAGAGGUGAAAGAGAUGCAUUAAGCCACCCUCGCUAAUGCGACUACCACUGUUGUACCUCAAGAUUCUCCGAGAAGACGAUCCGUCGAAGUACCAUCGGCGCCUGGCGAAACUCGGCUACACGCUUGAAAAAGGAGAAGUCACGGAUGGUCAGUACCGGAGAGAAAUUAUGGCUCGGGAGAAGGCAUAGCGAAAUACAACGUAUGUAUCGGUGCAGCGUCGAAGUGAAAUCCCUGGAGACACGGGAGCAUUGAUUAUUAUUAGAACCAGCUAAGGUACAACCGUACCAUCUUUACCGUUCGGUCAAAUAACCAUAACGUUUCGUUCGAUUAUGGAUCCUUCAAGAAAGAUCUCUCUGAUUAAUUACAUUCAUCGAAAGAUUAUUUAAAGAGACGCCAUUAUUACAAAUUGUUUUCACAUUGACACUUUCUAUAUGACACAAAGUUUGACGUUCUCUCGUAAGUUUGUUACGAAAAUGGUUAUUCCGAGAUACGCAUUAAUCAAAUGGCUAACUACCAAGCCGCUUGAAAUUACAUUCGAUAUAGACGAAUGUAAUUUUAUUAGAUCGUAAAUAAUAAUAUAUUCGAGUUGGAAAUUCGUUCGAUCGUUGAAAAGAGGAAAAGGAUGCAAAUCGAGAGAAUCCUUCAGAGAGUAUGAGGGCGACACUUUGAAGAUGAAAGAGAGAAAGAGAGAGUUGAAGAGGAGAUCGACGGUGACGACGACAACGACAACGACAAAAGCUGCAACGUUGAAAAGGAUGACGACGAAGCUGAGAUAGAAGAAGAAGAAGAAGAAGAAGAAGAAGAAGAAGAAGAAGAAGAAGAAGAAGAGGUAGCAGAGAAGCGUGGAGGGCGUCUCGACGUCUUACUGCUCUGGCAUUGGUAGCAGUCUCGAGAUAGCCGCCGGCUGGCUUCCUUACCACCUCGGUGAAUUUAUUCGGGGAUUCCGAGCGUAAAGCGCCGAACGAUAAAUCCGAUCGAUCGUCCGUAGAGUGAUCUUUUUCUCUUUCUCUCGUUCUUUCUUCCUUUCCUCUUUUUCAUUCCAUCUCCAUAUCCAUCUAUAAUCAUUUUUCAUUAUUUUCCUUGAGAAACGAUUCUUCGAUUAACGAAACGCAAAAGAAAUUUCUUAAUCCUUAACGAACGAAAGAGAGAAAAAAAAAGAAGUUGAUAAAAUUUGAAAAAGAAAAGUGCAUCGAAGUGAGUGCUUCAAAGGAAAAAAAAAAA